AUGACGUCGGCCGCGGAGCUGGGCAGCCCGGCCGGCCCGGGCCCGCACGGCAGCGGCAGCGGCAGCGGCAGCGGCAUCAUCCCGCAGUCCGGCCGCAUCCACGCCCGCUGGGACGAGCCGCCCGCCGAGCUGGACAACGACAACAGCUCCGCCCGCCUCUUCGAGCGCUCCCGGAUCAAGGCCCUCGCCGAUGAGCGGGAAGUUGUACAGAAGAAGACCUUCACAAAAUGGGUGAACUCCCACCUGGCCCGGGUAUCCUGUCGCAUCUCCGACCUCUACAAGGACCUGAGGGAUGGGCGGAUGCUGAUCAAGCUGCUGGAAGUGCUCUCGGGAGAGAUGCUGCCAAAGCCCACAAAGGGAAAGAUGCGCAUCCACUGUCUGGAGAAUGUGGACAAAGCACUUCAAUUUCUCAAGGAGCAACGAGUUCACUUGGAGAACAUGGGCUCCCACGACAUCGUAGACGGCAACCACCGUCUGGUUCUGGGCCUCAUCUGGACCAUCAUCCUCCGCUUCCAGAUCCAAGAUAUUGUGGUCCAGACCCAAGAAGGUCGGGAGACUCGCUCAGCCAAGGAUGCGCUGCUGCUGUGGUGCCAGAUGAAGACAGCAGGUUAUCCCAAUGUCAGUGUCAGCAACUUCACCUCCAGCUGGAAGGAUGGUCUGGCCUUUAAUGCCCUGAUACACAAGCACAGGCCAGACCUGAUUGACUUUGAGAAACUGAAGCACUCCAAUGCCCGGCACAACCUGGAACAUGCAUUCAACGUGGCGGAGAGGCAGCUGGGCAUUAUCCCACUCCUCGAUCCAGAAGAUGUCUUCACGGAAAACCCCGAUGAGAAAUCCAUCAUCACCUACGUGGUGGCAUUUUACCACUAUUUCUCGAAGAUGAAAGUGCUGGCUGUGGAGGGCAAACGAGUUGGCAAGGUGAUUGACCAUGCCAUGGAGACUGAGAAGAUGAUUGACAAGUACAGUGGGCUGGCCUCGGACCUGCUCACCUGGAUUGAACAGACCAUCGCCGUCCUCAACAGCCGCAAGUUUGCCAACUCGCUGGAUGGGGUGCAGCGGCAGCUGCAGACUUUUAGCUCCUACCGCACCGUGGAGAAGCCACCAAAGUUUCAGGAGAAAGGGAAUCUGGAAGUCCUGCUUUUCACCAUCCAGUCCAGGAUGCGAGCCAACAAUCAGAAAGUAUACACUCCCCACGAAGGGAAGCUCGUGUCUGACAUCAACCGGGCCUGGGAAAGCUUAGAGGAAGCAGAGUACCGUCGGGAACUUGCCCUAAGGAAUGAGCUCAUUCGCCAGGAAAAGCUGGAACAGCUGGCCCGGCGCUUUGAUCGCAAGGCUGCCAUGCGAGAGACCUGGCUCAGUGAAAACCAGCGGCUGGUUGCCCAGGAUAACUUUGGCUGUGACCUGGCAGCCGUGGAGGCCGCCAAGAAGAAGCACGAAGCCAUCGAGACCGACACGGCGGCCUAUGAGGAGCGGGUGAAGGCCCUGGAGAAGCUGGCCCAGGAGCUGGAGCAGGAGAACUACCACGAUAUGAAGCACAUCAAAGCCCACAAGGAUAACAUCCUGCGCAUGUGGGCCUACCUGCUGGAGCUGCUGCAGGCCCGGCGUCACAGGCUGGAGAUGACCUUGGCCCUGCAGAAACUCUUCCAAGACAUGCUGCAUAGCAUCGACUGGAUGGAUGAGCUCAAGAUUCACCUUCUGUCCUCUGAGUAUGGGAAGCACUUGCUGGAGGUGGAAGACCUGCUCCAGAAGCAUAAGCUGCUAGAGGCUGACAUCAGCAUCCAGGCUGACAAAGUGAGGUCCAUCGGAGAGGCGGCCCUUCAGUUUGCCAGCGGAAAAGAUUACCAGCCCUGCGACCCAAAGGUGAUUGAGGACCGGGUCAAGCACUUGGAGCUGUGUUUCUCAGAGCUGAGCUCCAUGGCGGCAGGGAGGAAGGCCCGCCUGGAGCAGUCCAAGCGGCUGUGGAAGUUCAUCUGGGACAUGGACGAGGCCGAGAGCUGGAUCAAGGAGAAGGAGCAGAUCUACUCGUCGCUGGAUUACGGCAAGGACCUGACCAGCGUGCUCAUCCUUCAGCGCAAGCACAAGGCCUUCGAGGACGAGCUGCGGGGGCUGGAAGCCCACCUGGAGCAGACCAUCCACGAGGCAGAGGGCAUGGUGGUCCGCAAGCAGUUCGGGCACCCCCAGAUCGAGGCCCGCAUCCAGGCCGUGUCCGUCCUGUGGAGCCAGCUGCAGGAGCUGGCUGCCUUCCGCAAGAAGAACCUGCAGGACGCAGAGAACUUUUUCCAGUUCCAGGGAGAUGCCGACGAACUGCAGGCGUGGCUGCGGGAUGCCCUGCGUUUGCUGUCCGGGGAGGAUGUCGGCCAAGACGAGGGGGCGACGCGGGCCCUGGGGAAAAAGCACAAGGACUUUCUGGAGGAGCUGGAGGAGAGCCGGGAGGUGCUGGAACAUCUGGAACAGCAGGCCCAGGGCUUUCCGCAGGAGUUCCGGGACGCCCCGGAAGUGGGUAACCGGCUGGCUGCCAUCCGAGAUCUCUAUCAGCAGGUGCUGGCCCAGGCUGACCUGCGUCGGCAGAGGCUGCAGGACGCCCUGGGCCUUUACACGGUCUUCGGGGAGACCGACGCCUGCGAACUGUGGAUGAGCGAGAAGGAAAAGUGGCUAGAGCAGAUGGACCUCCCGGACACCCUGGAGGACCUAGAGGUUGUCCAGCACAGAUUUGACAUCCUGGACCAGGAAAUGAAGACUCUGAUGGUCCAGAUUGAUGGGGUGAACCAGGCGGCCAACAGCCUGGUUAACAGUGGCCACCCACGCAGUAGAGAAGUGAAGAAGUGCCAGGAUCAUCUGAACGCCAGGUGGCAGAAAUUCCAGGCCUUGGUGCUGGAACGGAGGAAGGCAGUCGACUCGGCCCUGAGCGUGCACAACUACUGCGUGGACUGUGAAGAGACCGGCAAGUGGAUCCUGGACAAGACGAAAGUGGUGGAGUCCACCCAGGACCUGGGCCGCGAUCUGGCCGGCGUGAUCGCCAUUCAGCGGAAGCUGUACGGGCUGAACCGCGACGUCACGGCCAUCCAAGGCCGGAUGGGCGCCCUGACCCAGGAAUCCCAGCGCCUUGUCCAGGAGCACCCCGAGCUGGAGGAGGACAUCACAAAGCGGCAGGACUACAUUGAAGAUCUGUGGCAGGGGCUGCAGCGGGCUUUGAAGGGCCAGGAAGCCUCCCUAGGGGAGGCUAGCCAGUUGCAGCAGUUCCUCCAGGACCUGGACGACUUCCAGGCCUGGCUGUUCACAGCCCAGAAGGUGGUGGCCUCCGAAGAAGCCCCUGAGUCCCUGCCCGAGGCCGAGCAUCUCCUCCAGCAACACGCCGCCAUCAAAGAUGAGAUUGACGGGCACCUGGCGGACUACCAGAAAGUCAAGGCCGCCGGCGAGAGGGUCACCCAGGGCCAGAGCGACCCUGAAUACCAACUGCUGGGUCAACGCCUCGAGGGCGUGGACGCAGGCUGGGCGGCCCUGGGCAAGAUGUGGGAGAACCGGGGCCGUUUUCUCAAACAGUGCCUUGGCUUCCAGGAGUUCCAGAAGGAUGCCAAACAGGCGGAAGCCAUCCUGAGCAACCAGGAGUACACCCUGGCUCACCUGGAGCCUCCGGACUCUCUGGAAGCCGCCGAAGCUGGGAUCCGGAAGUUUGAGGACUUCUUGGCUACUAUGAAAUCCAACAACACGAAGGUCCUGGGCGUCGUGGACUCUGGGAAUGAACUCCUGGCUGAGGGAAACAUCUAUUCGGACAAGAUCGGGGAGAAGGUGCAGCAGAUUGAGGAGAGGCACAAAAGAAACAAUGAGAGGUCCCAGGAGGUUGAGCUUCUCCUGAAGGACAACCUGGACCUGCAAAACUUUCUACAGAACUGCCAGGAGCUCACCCUCUGGAUCAAUGACAAGCUGCUGACCUCUCAGGACGUGUCCUAUGAUGAUUCACAGAACUUACACAACAAGUGGCUGAAACACCAGGCGUUCAUGGCGGAACUGGCUUCUAAUCAGGCAUGGCUAGAGAAAGUCGAUGAGGAGGGGAAGCAAUUGAUAGAGCAGAAGCCUCAAUUUGCGGCGGUGGUGACGCCGAGAUUGGACGUGCUGCAUCGGCUCUGGGACGAGCUGCAGACCACCUCACAGGAGAAGGCUCAGCGCCUUUUCGACGCCAACCGCUCAGACCUGCACGCCCAGACCUACGCGGACCUGAACAAGUGGAUCAGCGAAAUGGAGGAGCAGCUGCGCUCGGAUGACCAGGGCAAAGACCUGACCACCGUCAACCGGAUGCUGGCCAAGCUGAAGAGGGUUGAGGACCAGGUGAAUGUGCGCAAGAAGGAGCUGGGGGAACUGCUGUCCCUUGGGUCUGCACUGGGGGAAGAGGAGGAGAGAGAAGAGCCGAGCAUAGAGAGGCGCUUUCUGGACCUUCUGGAGCCUCUGGAGAAGAGAAGGAAGGAGCUGCAGUCAUCCAAAGCCAAGCUCCAGAUCAACCGCGAUCUAGAGGAUGAGACACUCUGGGUGGACGAGAGGCUGCCCCUUGCUCAGUCCACCGACUACGGCACCAACCUGCAGACCGUGCAGCUGCUUAUGAAGAAGAACCAGACGCUCCAGAAUGAACUAACGGGCCACGCGCCACGGAUCGAGGACGUUCUGCAGCGAGGGAAGGAGAUGGUGGCGUCGGCCGACGUUGACUGCAGGGACAUCGAAGAGUGGCUGGGAAGCCUGCAGGGCUCGUGGGACAGCCUGCAGCAUGCCACCGCUCAACGGCUGCAGCGCCUACAGGACGCCAGUGAGGCCCAGCAGUAUUACCUGGAUGCUGGCGAGGCGGAGGCCUGGAUCAGCGAGCAAGAGCUCUAUGUCAUCUCGGACGAGACGCCCCAGGAUGAAGAGAGCGCAAUUGUGAUGCUAAAGAGACACCUGCGACAGCAGCAGGCGGUGGAGGAGUAUGGGAAGAACAUCAAGCAGCUGGCCGGUAGAGCCCAGAGACUCCUCUCUGCGGGACACCCUGAAGGGGAGCAGAUUAUUCGGCUACAGGGACAGGUGGACAAGCAGUAUGCAGGGCUAAAGGAGAUGGCAGAGGAGCGCAAGCGCAAACUGGAGAAUAUGUAUCACCUCUUCCAACUGAAGAGAGAGGCAGAUGACUUAGAGCAGUGGAUCGCCGAGCGAGAAGUGGUUGCUUCUUCUCCAGAAAUGGGCCAGGAUUUUGAUCACGUGACGCUGCUCCGGGACAAAUUCCGGGAUUUUGCCCGGGAGACAGGGGCGAUCGGGCAGGAACGGGUGGACCACGUAAACGCGGUCAUCGAGCGGCUGAUCGACAACGGCCACGGGGAGGCCGCCACCAUCGCCGAGUGGAAGGACGGGCUGAACGAGAGCUGGGCCGACCUGCUGGAGCUCAUCGACACCCGAAUGCAGCUCCUGGCCGCAUCCUACGACCUGCACCGCUACUUCUACACGGGCACCGAGAUCCUCGGCCUCAUCGACGAGAAGCACCGGGAGCUGCCCGAGGACGUGGGGCUGGACGCCAGCACUGCUGAGUCCUUCCACCGAGUGCACACCGCCUUUGAGCGGGAACUGCAUCUCCUGGGGGUGCAGGUGCAGCAGUUUCAGGACUGGGCCACCCGCCUGCAGACCGCGUACGCCGGCGAGAAGGCCGAUGCAAUCCAGAACAAGGAGCAAGAGGUGUCGUCCGCGUGGCAGGCCCUGCUCGAUGCCUGUGCCGGCCGCCGGACCCAGCUCGUGGACACCGCCGACAAGUUCCGGUUCUUCAGCAUGGUCCGGGACCUCCUGUCCUGGAUGGAGAGCAUCAUCAGGCAAAUCGAAACACAGGAAAAGCCUAGGGAUGUCUCCUCCGUGGAGCUGCUCAUGAAGUACCACCAGGGCAUCAUGGCCGAGAUCGAAACGCGGACAAAGAACUUCAGCACUUGCCUAGAGCUGGGAAAUGGGCUGCUUCAGCGGCAGCAUCAGGCUUCUGAAGAGAUCAAAGUAAAGCUUACUCAGGUGACAGAGAGGAGACAGGAGAUGAUGGAAAAGUGGAAUACCCGCUGGAAUCAACUCAGCCUCUUGCUGGAGGUGUGCCAGUUCUCUCGGGAUGCCUCGGUGGCAGAAGCAUGGCUAAUCGCCCAAGAACCUUACCUGGCCAGUCGGGACUUUGGGCACACAGUGGAUGGAGUGGAGAAACUCAUCAAGAGACAUGCAGCCUUUGAGAAGUCUACAGCCACCUGGGAGGACCGUUUUGCUGCCUUAGAGAAGCCAACGACGCUUGAGCUCCUAAAAGAACGUCAGACUCCAGAAGGGCCCAGAGAAGACAGUGGGCCUCAGGAGGAGGAAGGCGAGACAGCUGGGGAGCCUCCGCGAGGUUCCCAUCGUACUACUGCUGACAGAACAUCACCGACCCAGGAAGACGGGAACUUACAGCCGAGGGACCUGGAGGAAGAGGAGAAAAUAGGGGAAGGCGGGAAGCUGGCCGAGGAGCCGCCGCCGUUCCAAGCCUUGGACACGCCGGUGAGUGACAUUGAGGAGACGGCCACCAUGCCUGCCCAGCUGGACCGCUGUCUCGGUGUGCAGAUGGAGGGCUACCUGGGCCGCAAGCACGACCUGGAGGGACCCAACAAGAAGGCAUCCAACAGGUCCUGGAGCAACUUGUACUGUGUGCUGAGGUACGGUGAGCUGACCUUCUACAAGGAUGCCAAGAACCUGGCCCUGGGCGUGCUCUACCAUGGGGAGGGGCCCCUUGUCCUGCGCCAUGCCAUCUGUGAGGUGGCCGCUGACUACAAGAAGAAGAAACACGUCUUCAAGCUGAGGUUAAGCAAUGGCAGCCAAUGGCUCUUCCAUGGCAAGGAUGAGGAGGAGAUGCUCUCCUGGCUGCAGGGCAUCAGCGUGGCCAUCACGGAGGCCCAGAGCAUCCGCACCAAGGCCCAGAGCCUGCCUCUGGCCUCUAUUGCCGGCACUGACGGGAGCCUCGCUAAGAAGGACAAAGAGAAGAGAUUCAGCUUCUUCCCCAAAAAGAAGUAGCCCCAGACCUCCCUUUCCCGCCGGCCAGGGGACACUCGCGGGGCUUGAAUUCCAUCUGUUCCGCUGAGGACGCUCAGCGCAGGGUCCCCAGCCCAACCCAGAUCCACAGCCCCACUCCGCCCAAGCAGGACACUCACUCACUCACAAGCUUUACCUCAGCCUCGGCCAGCUGAUCACUGACCGGCCACCCUUAUCCCUCCCUGUUCCCCCUGCUCUGUCCCUCGAGGAUCAGAGGCGUCACCUUACCCGCCACAGCCUCGCCCCCUCUCCUGGUCUGCAAGGACUGGACAGCCUCCUGCCCUUACUCUGUCCUCCCCUUAAUGAUGGCGAGCACCGUGGUACAAACAAGAUAAUCAGACUGGAUACAGUCCCUGUCCCACAGUCUAAGGGGGUAUUUAAUCCCCAUUUUACCGAUGAGGAAACAGGCACAGAGAGGUUAAGGGACUUGCCCAAGGUCACAUGGCAGGCAUCUGGAACCCGGAUCUUCUGACUCGCACUCGUUCCACCAGUCAGGAUCCCUUCUGGGGCAUCCCCAUUCCCCCUUGAGGAGAGGAAGGAUGGUUCACCUCAGCCCCAGCUGUUGCCCAUCCUCCUGCUACCCUUAUGCCACAGCCUCACCUGUGUUCUUGUAGCUAGCAAACUCUGCUGCCUCUCCCUUGGCCAGCGCGGGGCUGCUACCAGGCUAGUUAGGAAUCCCUUGCUGGACGGUCGUCCUGGCAUACGACAGCAGCGUGCUUGUGAGUGGAAGAAAGAACGCCUCAACCCUGGGCCCUUGUGGGCCUGGAAACCCGGCAGAAGGUUGACCUCAGGUGUCCAGAAAACCAGGUAGAUUGCUGACCUCAGGUGUCUUAGUGGCAGCCAGCCUGUGGUGGAGGCUAGUCUCUCCUCUCUCCCCAGGCCUACUGCUUUCCCCUUACCCUCUCCAUAAACUGCCACUCAGGAGCCAUUCCCUCUGGAGUCCUCGUGGGCCUUGGGCCCAAGUGUCACCACCAGGUAAGGCUCCUCUUGCCCCAGGCUGUGAUGUGUCUAUCCGGGAGCCCCAGCCGGCCAAACCGCCAGCCUAGCCGCUCUCCCAAUCCAUCUCUGACUUUAGAGCUCUCAGCGCCUGGUGUUGGUGGCGCUGAGGGGUGAAGCUGGCCCCCACAAUGGCCACACCCUGCCCCGGUUAACCCCUGACCACAGGUAAAGACAUACACUGCUAGCUUAGUAGCAGCACCAAACCCAGGGGGCUGGGGAGGAUGUAUUUCCUGAACUGGGUUAGGCUCAGGGUGGAGGCCUCUCCCUCCAGAGGGUGCGAGGGUUCUCCACUAGCCCCUCCAAAACUAGGGCUAUCUGCCUGAGACCAGAGAAAGAACCAUUUCUCCCCUGGGGGUGAUAUACCUUUAGGGUACAGACAUGGUCUGGCCCUCAGGCCACUUUACUUGAGGGGUUGCCACUGAGGGGCAGGCCAUAAACUGCCUGGCAGACAGCUCAAUUGUAUCCUUUGGCACAAGCUUUUUGACUCAGUUGCUAAGGUCUUAUCCUCCAUCUGGGCCGCCCCACGUUUCCAUCCCCAAACCCUCCCCACAAUGCUCACCACCUCUCGUUAAAGUCCUUAGCAUCACAGUGAGUCAAGUUCUAGUCCAUCCUCCUCCACCCAGAUGGGGGAACCGAGACACAACCAAGGCUAGUGAGAAGCUUUUGGGGGGGGUGGGGCUGUCCCCUUUCAGCAGGGACCUGCGUUGAUUCAGGCCAUACUAGUCCUACCCCUGCUUGCCUCUUUCCCACUUAGAGGCAGCCCUCCAGGCAGGGCAGUUUUUCUAAUAUGCUUGAGCACCAGAGCAGGUGUGGCAGGUGAGGGGGGGGUUCUGGUCCCUUCAGGAUCAGCAGCUGCACUGAGCACACCCCUUCUUUCCCCCCAACUCUAGUCGGCCCUUAGACUGGGAGAUGCAGCUGAGGGGGUGCCCGGCUUGCCACGGCAGAAGAGGCCCGGGGUCCAAGUCGCUAGGAAACCAGUGAGGCUGUCCAGAGCCAGAGCUUCCUGUUUUACUGACUUCUGCCCCGCUUCCAAACCAGGUUCACUCUUCUGUCCACACCAGCCCAGCAAGCUUCUCCCUCCGAAUCCCCUCCAUCUCCUGACCCCCCGCACCUCCAGACAUCGGCAGGUUGGUUUUUAUGGUGGCUCACCUUGGGAUCAGCUCAUUUUCAUUCUUGUUUUCCCAUUUCCUUCCCUUGGCCGGUGCUGGGCAGGAGGGGAGCGGUGGGCUUGUGGCUUUUAUCAGCCCCGUACCACAAAGAGAAGUGGAAGAGUCCGGCAGCCUCUCCUGCUUCUCUGACCCACUGAGGACGAGGCCCAGUCCCCAGUCCCUGUAAGGUUUGCGACCCUCUGGGAGGAGACACAGCUGGGGAGCUGGACACUGAGGGGGGCAGGCUGAUCAUGUGACUUUGUCCCCUGGACAAGUUAGCCCAGGGCAGGGGCGGAGAAGAGGAGGAGGAGGAGGCACCCGGGAACCGGAGAUCCGAGAGCAUGUCUCCACUAGCACGGGCCCCACAGCGUAGGUGGGCCUUGGCCUCCCGGACUGUGAUCUCCAUCUGCUCAAAUGUGCUUCCACUGUCCAGAAAGGAGAGCAUCUCAAGCUUCGGCUCGUGAAUGGCUCUCUGACCCAUUUAAUAAGAGUUUUUUCUAAUAAACCAAUAACCCCCAGGUGCCUCUGUUGGCUACUUGUUCAGUUGUUCAGCUAGCAAAGAGGACCUCAGAGCCCAGCUCUCCUGACAGCAGCUGCAGAGGCAAACAGACUUCUCUUGGUCCCUCAGGACCCCGGGCGGUAUGAGGGUCUGAUCCCAGUUGACUGCUGACCCAGGACACCCCCAGGAAGGUGGCUGCCACACAUCCGUCUGUCUCUGAGGAUUGGGGCCGGAGAGGACGGUCUCAUCCUGGGGCCUUUGGGCAACCUCCAUCUCCCUCCACCAGGCCCUCUUCCCUGCCUCCAAGAUGGCUCCCUAAGUUUCCUUCCCUGACCCCAAGCUCAAGGCCAGACCCAUCCCCACUGUGGAGUGGCAAAGCCCAGCACUCAAGCUGCUCCGGGCCGCUGGAGUGGGCUGCCGGUCAGCUGGGCAGCAGCGCACCUAAGAAAGCAUCGAGAACGGUAAGGGGCGAGGGGAAGGGAGGGCGGAUGUGGAGCAGGGAACCCAAAAUGACAUUUGACCAGGGUCGCCGCCCUCACCCACCAUAACACCAAAAAAAAUGAGCAGCAAGAGGGGAAGGGGGACUAUCAUCAUGGGCAGGAAUAGGCCCAGGCCUGCCUGGGCUAGAGGCACUUUGAGCUGCGGGACAGAUACUUCUGGGCAACCAGAGGCAGUUAAGGCCCUGCCGGUGGGCAUGCCCCUUCCCGGGCCCAGCAGCUGGGAACAAACACCUCCGCGGCACCGAUUGCUAGGGGUUCCCCUGCUCAGCCUUGCUCCAGGGCUCAUUCUCAGGCCUCACUUCCCAGCUGUCAGGGGGCCCAGAGCUUCAGAAGAAGGUAGCUCAAGUGAGACUGGUUCAAGGAGCAGGCAGACUCAAGAAGCAGGUUGGGGGAAGAAUAUCCCACCAAGAGAGAAAGGGUGUGGAGCCCUCAUUAACACAGCGGCUCUCUCUGCAGGAUCUUCUCCCUGAAGGCCCCAAGGGUGGAGGCCCUGGAACAUGAUGGGGAACCCUGGGCCUUUUGAGUAAAUGCUCAGGUGGCUGUGGACCUUUGCCCUUCCAGCGACUGCCUGGCAGAUGGCCCUGGCUCCCACCAGGCCCAGAGCUCGCCCCGCCCCAGGAAUCCCAAUAAAAAGGCAGGACGAGGGGUGGCUAGU